UUCCCCUCAAACCGGAAGUAAGACCGGUUUGCUUGUCCGUUCCAGUGCAGCUGGAGAAUCACUUGAGCCGAGAUCGAAAGCUACGAUCAGAGUUAACAAUGGUGACAGACGUGCAGCUCGCCAUAUUUGCCAACAUGCUUGGCGUGUCAUUAUUCCUACUGGUCGUGUUGUAUCACUACGUCGCAGUCAAUAACCCCAAGAAGCAGGAGUAGGGUGUGCCAACAUGAUCGGAGAGAUGAGAUGGGCAUUGAAGCCGCCACCUUGGAAACAACAUUCCACAUCAUCCCAGCCUCUUUCCAAGAGAUGAAUUUCUACGUUGUUCUGGUUGCACAUUUGUCUUUUUUUGUAUAAAAAAAAUGUAAAGGA